UUGUGGCGCCGCUUGAUAACACGUGGGGUGUGAAACUGUCUAAUGGGGAGUGGACUGGCUUGAUUAGGAUGAUUCUAAAGCAAGAAGCAGACUUUGCCCUCACAGGAAUAGGGAUGACUUACGAACGUGAGGAAGCUAUAGCUUAUCCUUUUCCUUACGAGAUUGGAAAACUUAGUUUUUUAAUGCAUGGCACACGAGAAAAAUCCAGAGCUCUAGCCAUUAUAAAACCGUUCACCUAUGAGGUGUGGGUUGGCCUUUUUGUGGUGGUCAUUGUAACUUCACUGCUUACCAAUUUCUUAAGAAAGAAGACUCCCGAGCCUCUAGCCAAAAGAUGGACGUUUCCUCGAGCUCUUUGGUAUUAUUGUGGUGCUGUAACCUUGCAAGAUGGCGGUCAGAAACUUCCUGUUACAAAUUCAUUACGAAUAAUAGUUGCAUUUUAUUGGAUACUCGUUGUUAUCGUCAUGGCCGGAUUCAGUGGAAGUUUGACAUCAUACAUGAACGUUCCUGAAAAGGAGAAACCAAUAGAUACCAUCUCGGAGCUAGUCAUGCGAAUGGAAAAAAACGAGAUAAAGGUUGGGACCAUUUACGGAACUGUAUCAUAUGCAAACUUCAUGAGUGCCACAGAAGGAUACAUGUACACAAUUGGCAAACGGAUCAGAGGAGAUGAAACAGGGACACUAGUCAGAACUGUGGACGCAGGAGUUAUCCGAGCCAUGCAGAAAUCAUUCGCUUUUGUGUGUCCUCGAGCUUCUAUGGAAGGUAGUCUUGCUAGUUUUGGAAUUAGAAAUUAUCACUUUGGCGAAGAACAGUUUUACAACCAUUACUACAGUUUUGCUGUUCCUAAUGGCUCUCCAAUGAAGGAAGCUUUUGGUAAAACAUUUAUUCAACUAAACGAAAUGGGAAUAAUUAAUAAGUUGUAUAAAGACGUAUUGGCUCAGCGGAAAAGAAGACAGAUAAUGUUGAGGAAAGCGAAUCCAGGUAACGCCACCAACGAUCAAUCUGCUCUAGAAACGGAAGUGGAGCGAGGACCACGUUCCUUGCGACUUGAAGAAUUACUGAGUGCUUUCGUUGUUUUUACUACAGGACAAAUCUUGGCUGUGUUGGUGUUCAUAUUGGAAUUGGGGUUUUCACACUGCAGCAUUAAUGCAUAUUUUUGCUGUUAGAGAUCCUGUCAAUUUUGGUGUACAAUCUCAAUAACAUGAACAGGACACUAUAUGGUCCCUUAACACACCUCUGUUCUAGCAUAGUGUGCACUUAUAUUUUCAUUACCAGUGUUAUUGAUAGAACUAAAGCAGAUUUUACCAUCGUGUAUAUGCACAAGCAGUGUUUAGAUAUUAACGGCACAAUAUUAACAUGCAUUAACAUGACUAUAGAGACGGAACUAUUCUAUACAUCCUAAAAAACUUCUUGCUCUGAUAUAGGUGUAAUCGGAAUACUGUAUUGAUUAGAAAUAAUACAUUUUCUAGCUUUUA